GUUGUCCUAUUUCCUCCGACAAGUAGUCUUUCCACGCUAGACUGUAUGAAUCCUUGUCGAGAUGAGUAGUGGAUUCGUGAGCGGCGGGUUGGCCGACGACGAAACAGAGAGAGAUUCUGAAUGGAAAAGGGCUGCGAAAGAGCUGGAGGCUGAGCGGCAAGCAAAAGCAGACUUGGCCAAGCAACACGACGGGAAGAGCCUCUUCGAGAUCCUGCAAGCCAACAAGGACAAGAAGCAGGCCGAGUUCGAGGAGAGGGCUCGCUUCAAGCUCCACAACGCUCUUGACGACGAUGAAGCAGAUUAUCUCGACUCGGUGCUAGAAAAGAAGCGACAAGAGGAGGCUAACGUGAGGAAAGAGACGUUGGAGCAAUUAGACUUGUUUCGUAGGCAGCAAGAAGAGGCAGAGAGGAAGGCUUUGGAAGAGGAGAGUAUCGAGGCGCCAAGUGAAGAUGGAGCACAGUGGGCGGCGGUCAAGCGGAAGAGGAAGAAGGGACCCGAUGCUGGCUUGCUGAAAGGCAUCAAGCUAAGGAAGUCGAGUUCAGCAGCUGAAGAGAGGGCAGUAAUCGAAAAGGCGAGGGAUGGGGAUGGGUCGACGCAAGCCGCUCCAACGGCCAAGGCUGCCAAAGACAGUUCUACGCCACUACCAGCUACGACGACCAAAUCUUCAUCUACUUCAUCUGUAGCAAAGCCCUCGGGUAUUCUCUCACUAGGAUUAGACUAUGCGUCCUCAGACGAUGACACUUGAACAAAUAAGUAAUUCGCUUUAUUUUGGAGAGGUACUGGUACGUUAAUAACUACUAAAUAGCGCUGUC